UGAUGGCUUUUUGGCAUGGAAGGAGAAACCUAAUUUUAAAUUAAGCCUUUCUAAGUGGGAUUGGUGUCUCCGGGAAAAUUCACAAAACUUGCCUUUUUAAACUUCUAGCACAGUCCCUGAGAGUUUCUUUUCAAUUAUCACGCAUGCUAAAUGUCUUUGCAGAUUUGCCAUGGUUCUCAAACUUGGAGAAAGAAGGCUGCCUCUUUGCGCUUUUCCUGAAGGUGAAUUAUUAAAGUGUUUUGGUGGGGUUUUUUUAGUGAAUAAUGUGCUAUAAAAUCACAAGCACCAAAAUAAAAUUUAGGAUCAUAUUACUAUUUUUUUUCUUCUUUGCCUUUCUCUCUAGAUUUUCUUUAGAUCCAACUAGAAUAGAGAGAGUGGAUAAUGUAUAUGCUUUGUAAAGACCAAAACGUUGUGCCAAGAAAGAUUACUUUUCUUUGCUCAAAACACUUUUCACCCUCUUUUUUUGACCUAACUGGACAAACUAUGACUUGCCUUCAUACAAUCAGGACAUAUGAAAGUAAAAAGAAGUAAAAAUUAGAGGAAACAGUAAGUUUGAAGAAAAGAACAAAGAGUCACAUUCAAACUGCAGACAGAGCUGCACAGUAAAUGAUAGAAUUAAAUACUUGCCUCAUUAUAUGCUUAAAAUCAAAUAGUAUUUUACCAAGAGAUAUAUCUGAGCAAAUUAUAUUAAAUGCCUUAAUGAAUAUUCCCUUGGAUGUGUUAAAAUUACAAGGUAUAAAUAUGAGAUACUUAUAUGAGAUAGGAGAUUAAAAUGAGAUAUUUUGAACAAGACUAUAAAAGCUUUUCAAAUAAAA